AUGGAGACACACGGCGUCAUUGGCCCUCCGCGGGAGUUCAGCCACACCUACUCGUACCAAACUGCGGACAGCUACUGCGUGGCGAUACAGCUGAGACCGCCCUAUGAAGGAGGCGGUGGCACGCGGCAGAUUCACAAGAUCACCAGCGAGUGGGAUAGUCGAAAAGGUGUGGAUGACCUGACCCCGAAUGACAUGAUGAUCAAGUUCACCGAGCGCAGCAUUGAGGUUUGCAAGCGCGGUGGAAGCUCCGCGUGGCACAUGAUCCGCGGCUUGCACGGGCCCACACUUCAGCAGCUCAACAAGGAGAAGUGCUACUGGACCAUGACAAAGCACGGGGGUCGCUACUGGCUCAUCUCCAUCGAGCUGGUGAAGAAGACGCCUGGCAAGCUGUGGAGCAGGCUCAUGCGUGAUGAGCGCGAAGCCAACCGGCCGAGCAUGAAGUGGGACAAGGACAUGCAGAAGACCCCGAUGAUCAUGGACAAGAGUGGGAAGUUUACGCCCUCCACGUACUGCAACCCCACUUGCAAGCCGAAGUACGAGACUGAGGAGGCUGACCUCGACGACGUCCUCAUCGAGGAGCUGGAGAUGCUGGAGGACGCCCCGAAGGAGGCCAAGAAGUGGAAGAUGCAGGACCUUUGCGACUUGCGCUUCGGAAUGGAGGAGUCCACCCUGUCCAUGCUGGUUCAGGUGCCUCUUGAGCCUGCACUCUGGCGGGAGAUGCAGCGCGAGGAAGGCAGCUCGGAGCUCUUCGCGCUGGAUAUUCCCUUCGGAGGCCAGCAAGUCAAGUUCUGGCUGAAGAGUGAUCCAGAAUCCCCGAUCCUGCAGGGAAAGUUGGGUGGAUGCGUGUGGAGACGAGGCUGCAGGUGGCACGUCGAGCAGAAGAGAGGCCGACCGCUACUGGAGCUCUACAUGCCGAAGCAAACGCCAGAGCCCUGGUCUUUUGUCGUAGAGGGCUACCACAACCUCAGUCGCACUGCAUACGAUCCGUACCAGCAGAUGAUUUUGGAUGGGUUGUGGGACGACGAAGCGAUUGAAGAGAAGGCCAAGGGAGAUGCGUACUUCAGAGAAGGCCAGUACAGGGCCGCUGCGAAGUGCUACGAUCGCACCUUGGAGCGCAACCCUGACAGCUACAUCACCCUCACAAACCGGGCUGCUGCUCGUCUGGCCUUUGAGACAGAGAAGUUCAAGUUGGAAGAGAUCCUGGAGGACGCGCAGAGGGCACUGGAGAUCAACCCCACUUGGCACAAGGCCAAGUUUCGAGAAGGCAUCAUACUGAGCAAGCUCCACCGCUACGAAGAGGCGCUCUGGGCGCUGCAGGAGGGACAGCGCAUGGACCGGACAAACCACACAGGUUGGGAGGAAGAGAUCAACACGGUGAAAGAGGAGCGAGUUACCUGGCACAACAGGAAAAAGAAGACGUAUCUCAAUGACGUGGAGUGA